CGCCAUCUCCCAGGCUGCACUCUCCAGGCUGCGUUCACUCACUGGCUCCGGAGGCACUCGGAGGAGCCACCUCUGGAUCGAAAGCGCAUUUCACUCGCCUCUGCGCGCGUGCAUGCAGCGCCGGACGUCGCUCUGCAGAAAUCAACAAUUACACGGAGCUCCAGCAACAACAACAGCCCUUCCUGCCAGAGAUAAGCUAUAGGCUUUAUUCUGUGGGACUCGGCAGCAGCUGCGAGCACUUUGGAGCAUCUGGGCAGGUCGGUUUUUAUCGACAGAGAUGGGACGCGAUGAGCGAAACAUAGAGGAGAGGGAGGAGAUAGCCUAGGUAACGAAAAAAGGUUAGAAAGAGGAGCGUGCAAGUAAAAAAUCCGGGACCUGGAGCAGCUCCACAGCAAAUAUCUGACCUCCUCCUCCUCCUACUCCUCCUCCUCCUCCUCUUCCUCGGACGGUGGCAAAACUGGUUGUUGAAAUGGAGAUGUCGAGAGUUGCGUCUCCUCCUCCAACACACGCGCUGCUGAGGCUGCUCACGAUGAUGAUGCUGAUGAUGGUGUUUGCGUAGGAGUGCUUUAUUUUGCGGCCAGCGUUGGUAAACCAGUCUCUAUACUGUUCAAACAACUCCAGACAAGCGCUGGAUGCAACUGCGUGUGCGUGGCUGCAGGCUGCAAAAAAAAAAGACCUCUCCCAGAAAUCAGCUUUAUUUCUGCUCUCCGUAAUUGGAGCUCGUUUUGGGAGAGUUUUCCACUUCUCUCUCUCUGCGAGUAUGGAAUCGGACAUGAGAUUGUUUUGCAUGUGAAUGACAAGAGUGUGUUUGGAAAAGUAGAAACAAGCAGCAUUAACGAGGGGAUUUUGCUUUAAGGACUCAUCUGCUUUUGGUUUUUUUGAACCAACUACUGGAAAGGAUCAGUUGUUCGAGGCUUUUCCUGCACCCACAUUGAAAUCAGUGUUUUGCUGAUUACAUUACCAAACACUGGGGACUUCUUCCUGUUCCAUUAGUCUCCUUACUCAGGGGCUGAGAAGCAGCAGAGGUCGGGACCUGAGCUCCGAGGAGCCCCCAUCACCUUCGAUGUGACACGAAUGAAUUCCUCUUAUCUCUGAAGGGUGUUGAUGGAGAGCCAUUCGAAUGACAGCCGGGACAGUGGUCAUCACUGGUGGAAUUCUUGCUACGGUUAUAUUACUCCUUAUCAUCGCAGUACUGUGCUACUGCAGGCUGCAGUAUUAUUGCUGUAAGAAGGAAGAGUCGGAGUCGGAGGAGGAGGAGCCCGACUUUGCCGUUACGUCCCGCCUACCACCGGUCCACUCCAAUCAUAACAUUGUGGCGGCGACGGCCGCUGCCUCCUCCAUCCCCAAUGGCCCCGCCCUGUUCUCCACCCCUCCGCUGGCCAGGAAACUGACUCGCUCACAGACCUUCUGUCCAUCCUGUACACACUAUGAGCAGCCUUUCUACCUCCAGCCCCCUCAGCCACAGAUCCACCACCAACCAGAUGGGUUGAGGAACGGAGGCGACCGGAUCAGCUACCGCAGCGUCCAGCAGCAGGAGCUGGACCUGCCAGUGCCUGUGAACAUUUCAAACUAUCGCAAACCAAACCUCGCCCGGUCUGUCACCAUGAGGGACAUGUUCGCACGCAGCUGCAGCAUCAGCACUGAUGUGUAGCUGCUUGGAACUUGGCGUGAAGUUCAUGUUUAAAUGGCUCGUAAAGGCCUAGGAUGGACUGGGCUUGAGUCAGACUUUGUUUUUUCGUCAUCUUGACCAGUUUAGUCCAGUCUUCUAUUGUGUGAUGUAGUCUGGUCUCAUUCUCCUGGUCGCCUCUUGCAGAAUGGAGGACUCAGAUGGCUCUCAGGAUUGCAUUUUUAAAGGUACUAUGCUCCGGUCCAGGACCUUACACUUGGACCAAUAUAGACUUAAGAGUAUUUGUUGAAUUAAAAAUGUAAAAUUAUCAAUAACAUGAACUUGUUUUGAAUAUUUCUUCUUUUUAUUUUUUGAAAAAGAAUGGAAUUACUUUUGAGAUUUGAGUAUAUUUGCGUCGCCCUACUUCCCCCAGCCUUCUCUACCCGUGGCCUGAAAGACAGAGAGACUCCCUCUAAGUCAAAAUGACCUGAUUGGCAGGGAUUUACUCUCUGCCAUAGCUGCUACAAACACAAUAUGAUUAGGAGAAGUCCAGUGUUUUCCUUUUCUAUUGGGAUGAUCUGUCUCUUCCUCCAUCCACAGAUUAUUGAGAUUAUAAAGUAUAACUCGCCACCAGUGGAAGGACUAGAGAACAGAGGGGAGGGGGGGAUGUCGUGUUUUAGCUGCCACCCACAGACAUUUUAGAUGGAUCCAACUUAAGGCCAUAAUAUUUUAAGACAUACAUGUAAAGGGCUCACAGAAGAUGUAAAAAAAACCCGGCUUGUUUUCCACAUCCUGUCAUUGAGGUCUCCGGUUUGACGAGAGGCUGGUUUCUCUGAGCGCCUGCUAACAACACUGAGUGUGUAAACAAUAUCGUACACUUAAUUAGAGAAAGACCUCAGUGUUUUUACAGGCAGGGUGGAUGAUAGGUGCCAAAGGGGGCUGGGCUCUUGUAUUUGUGUGCGUAUGUGUGAGCGUGCCUGCAUGCGUGUGUGCUGCGUGUCUGUGUGUGUGUGUGACUUGAUUGAUUGUUAUAUUUAUCCCAUACCAUUAAACCCAAUCUGUCACCGCUAUGAACCCAGUGGUGGGUUGCAAUAACAUUUUAAACAUCUAUCAUAAAGCGUAAAAUCGUGAGGUAAGGUUUCUAGAACCCCUUUUCCAAAAAGGGUGGUUCAAGGGAUGAUUCGGGAUUACGUAAUCUGGAACUAGUUCUUUGUGUUUAGACAGCCAGAGAACCAGCUCUCAAAUUUAGUUCCAACACAAGAAGAAAGACUGGGGUGGGAUUAUUGUGACCAAUAAGACCAACGAACACAUUGCAACGACCAUUUAAAGAAAAAUCCAACUGAGCUUGCGUUCUGUAUAGUCAGCAAAGAAGAUUAGAUAUUUCUAACUAUGGACCAGUCAUGUUCAGAUGCCAAUGUACGUUUGCAAAGCCACGACUAACACUUGAAAAGAGACCCUGUCAUCCGCCAUUGUCAAUGUUGAUGCUUGAAGUCACCGCUAGUGUCGCUGGGUAAUCGGAGAUGAAAUGGUUCGAGCCCGUGGAAAAGCAAACUGGCACCAGGUUCACUUUGGUUGAAAUAGGGGAACAUGUGCCACUUUACCCUAAAUUCAUAUAAAAUCCCUUUCAAUGCAAAGAAUGUCCCAAACAGCGGAUAGGAGAAACUCUGAGUCGGUUUUCAACAAGGUUGUAAAUGUUUAUUUCCCUGAUUAAUGCUGUAACACAGGUUCAAGCUGUGGGUGUCACUCAGACGCAAACAGGUCUUUUUAUGGCAACACUUCUAAAUCCAUUAUCGUUCUCCACUGAUGGAUCAGUUUGUGGACUGCAAAUCCUUGUGAUGUCGCUGAUUUGUUGCUGUCUGGGUUCAUGGGCUAAAGAUUCAUUCACCUUUAAAGACACAUGUAUAAAUAUUUAACAGGCCAUAACAUACACUGCAGUCGCUCUCUCGACGCGUUGGACUUAGGAGUACUUGCUUUUGCUCCUCUGUCUUCUUGGGAUUGUUUUAUUUUGGACUGGGGUGCUGAUAUUCUGACUGGAGGAGCAGCGGCUUAGUUUUAUAGACACACAUUUAAUGAAUGAAAUGAUUUACUGGUGGCUGUGUGAGGAGUUUGAAGCUGAUUGAUUGUCCCUUCUUCGAUACCCCCCUCCCCCCCUCACGGCGCUGCCCAAAUGGAUGGUUAAUCCUCUCUCUCUCUCUCUCUCUCUCUCUCUCUCUCUCUCUCUCUGUCUAUCUGUUGAUUUCAUCAAAAAUCAUUCUCAUUUAUUUUCCCAAAGAGUGAAACAGUAACUGACUUUGUUUUUUAGUUUUUCCUCUUGUGACAUGUGCUUUCCUGCAAAUACACUACAACACAAUACACACACACACACACACACACACACACACACACACACACACACACACACACACACACACACACACACACACACACACACACACACACACACACACACACACACACACAUUAGUUUGUCAAUGCUAUGCUUUUCUUAUUUUUGAAACUGAAACUAUGUGACAGUUGCACAGGAAUUGUAGUGCCAUAAUGAAUUACUAGAGAAAUAUUAUUAUUAUUAUCAUUAUCAUUAUGUUUACUAGUGUAUAUUCAAAUGCAGUGUUGCUUUUACCUUAAAGUAUUUGAAUUACUCGCUUUAUUUUAUGAGCCAGCUGGUUUUUCAGACUCAGUACAGUACAGCAGAAAUGUUCCUUGUUUCUAAUGUAUAACUAACGGACACAUUGUUGCUAAUAAAAUGUUGUGAAAAUCCUUCUCA